UAAGCAAAAAAUCUUUGUAACCGGUGCAAUGUGACCGGACAAGACUGGUUUGAUCUAGUAAUAUUUGAUCAGUGAUAGCAUUCAUGAACGCAUGUCUACAGCUGGCACACAUAGGUUCAUCUCUCUAGCAUAGAAUAACAAAGUGAAAAUGCUAUGUCUAUAACCGCCUGUAAAUUAAGGUCAUUUAUGAAGAAAGAAGUAGGCCUACGUGUUGUAUUGAAGUGAGAUCAGCAGCCGUGUAUCGCUCUAGCACGUAGGCAAUGAGAAAGUGGUGUAUGACUUUGUAGGGCAAAGAUUAGUGUGCUCUCAUAUGUAUCUAACUAUAUUGUUUUCCUCGUAUAGCUCGUUAACGAUAGCAUUGGUUAAUAUAUAACCAAGUCUACCACUGACUUAGUAAGAUGCUGAUGAGGCAGUGUGGUGGACAUGUGGUACGGCGUCUGAUGCGGCGGUCAUACAGCCAGGCCUCUAGUAGUGGCGUCCCAUACAAAACACUACAGGAUGGACAGGCAGGUGAACCGAGCACGGUGCCUAGUGCUGCGGACGUCGUCAUCAUCGGAGGUGGCUCGCUCGGCUGCAAUACACUCUACCAUCUCACAAAGCUCGGAAUCACAAAUGCGGUUCUCCUGGAGAAGGAUCAACUGACAGCUGGAACAACCUGGCACACUGCUGGUCUGGUUUGGAACUUGAGACCGACUGACACAGAGGUGGAAAUGCUCAAGUAUGCUGUUAAGCUGAUGUCAGACCUCGAGGCUGAGACAGAUAUAAGUACAGGCUGGAUUCAAAAUGGUGGCCUCUUCAUCGCAAACAACAAGGAGAGGCUGAACGAGUACAAACGAUUGUCCACGGUUGGCCGUGUGUACGGUAUCACGUCACAUGUGCUAUCCCCAGAGGAGACAAAGAAGCUCUAUCCAUUGAUGAACGUGGAAGAUGUGUACGGCACGCUGUACAGUCCAGCUGAUGGCACGAUUGAUCCCGCGGGCAUAUGCACUGCCCUCUCUAGGGCAGCAACUAAAGCUGGAGCUCAGGUAAUAACAAAGGCUCAGGUGACAGGUAUCAGCACGAAAGACGAUGACUUCGGCGUGCGCCGCGUGACAGGUGUGCAGACGUCAAACGGCUUCAUCAAGACAAAUUGUGUCGUCAACUGCGCAGGUGCGUGGGCACCAAAGCUGGGAGCGAUGGCAGGCGUGAAGGUGCCCCUGAUCGCCAUGCACCAUGCGUAUGUUGUCACGGAGCGAAUUGAGGGCAUACAGAACAUGCCGAACGUGCGUGAUCAUGAUGCGUCUGUCUACUUGAAGCUGCAGGGUGAUGCACUAUCUGUCGGCGGAUAUGAACCGCAUCCCAUCUUCUGUGACGAGGUAAAAGACGACUUUGCCUUCUCUCUGUAUGACCUGGACUGGGACGUUUUCUCCGUGCAUAUAGAGGGCGCUGUUAACCGUGUGCCUGCCAUAGGCGAGACGGGUGUCAAGUCGACGGUGUGCGGCCCAGAAUCGUUCACGGCCGACCACAAGCCGCUGAUGGGAGAGUCGCCAGAGGUUCGUGGCUUCUUCCUAGGCUGUGGUUUCAACAGCAGCGGCAUGAUGAUGGGGCCAGGGUGCGGACGCGAGCUUGCCAAGUGGAUCGUUAAUGGCCGUCCAGAUCUCGAUCUAUUCGGCUACGACAUAAGUUUUCCUAAACAUCACGAUGUGAUUGAGACAGAGUGCAUGACAUGUAGAUCAGCUGGGGCUGUGUUUGACAUGUCAUACUUUGGCAAGUUCUACCUGACUGGCCCUGAUUCACAGAAAGCAGUUGAUUGGAUCUUCAGCAACGAUAUAAGGAAGCCACCAGGUUCAACAGUGUACACAUGCAUGCUGAAUAAAGCAGGUGGUGUAGAAGGAGAUCUAACAGUCAGCGUUGUAGAACCAGGGUCGGGCUCCGCCUGCGAUCCAAGCUUUGAAGGUGCUGGCUAUUACAUUGCGGCUGGUGGCGCUGCUGGCCAGCACACGUGGUCACAUUUGAGCACGGUCGUUCAGGACCAAGGCUUUGACUGCCAAAUAACUAAUCAUUCCGAGGACAUGUGCAUGAUUUCUGUGCAAGGGCUUCGUAGUCGAGAUAUUCUUCAGCCACUUUGUGAUGUAGACCUAAGCAAUGAGAACUUUCCAUUCUCAACUCACAAACUUGUAAACAUUGGAAAGAUAAAGCUACGUGCUAUGAGAGUUUCAUUUGUAGGCGAAAUGGGCUGGGAAUUGCAUGUGCCAAAUGAGGGAGCUGUGGGCGUAUACCAGGCAGUGAUGGAGCAAGCAAAGAAGUACGGAGUGUGCAACGCUGGGUAUCGGGCAAUAGACUCCCUCAGCAUUGAGAAAGGUUAUCGGCAUUGGCACGCAGACCUCAGAGCGGAUGAUUCCCCGUUGGAAGCGGGAUUGGCCUUCACUUGCAAGCUGAAGAGUGAUAUUCCUUUCCUCGGACGUGAGGCCAUCGAGAAGCAGAAGAAAGAAGGUCUGAAGAAGAGGAUAGCGUGCUUCACGAUUGACGAGCACGUACCUCUGUUAGGAUUGGAGGCAAUUUGGCGUAAUGGAGAUAUCGUGGGCCACGUCAGACGAGGAGAGUUUGCAUUUUUUGUCGGCAAGUCGAUGGCCUAUGGUUACGUACAGCAUCCAGAAGGCGGUACUGUCACCCCGGCUUUCCUAAAGUCGGGUGAGUACGAGCUUGAGAGCAUGGGAACACGCUACAAAGCCACACUACACAGCAAGUCGCCAUUCGAUCCCAGUAACCUGCGAGUGAAAGGAAUGUACGAUGCGCUCAAAGCCCCACUCUGAUGCUCAGAGAAUCGUGUCGAUGGGUUCGAGCGAUGCCAUGUUGCUGCUAGCAUUCCCCCGAGUGAUUUACUUAUGCGAGUCAGCACGUCUUGGAGACUAUCGUAAGAGAUACUCUGCAGGAGACAAUCUUUCUAUGACUGUGAUGACAAUGCUUUUCUUGUUUGCGUGGGGCCAAAACGGAAGCAGAACGCAGAGUAGAGAGUGACAAUAGCGACAAUAGUGACAGAGACAAUAGGAAAAGGCAGGAGAGAAGGAGACAAUAACAGAAUAGCGACAGAGUCAGAAGAAGGAGAAAGAGCAAUAUAUGAGAGAAGACAGG